AGUAGUAGUAGUAGUAGUAGUGGAAGUAGUAGUAGUAGUAGUAGUAGUAGUAGUAGUAGUAGUAGUAGUAGUAGUAGUAGUGGAAGUAGUAGUAGUAGUAGUAGCAACACGGGGGAGAGCAGCAGGCUGAAGGAGAAGUAG